AUGAUACCACAUACCACAAGGGUUGGGGUAGAGGAUCAAGAAGGCAAAUACACCCCUGUGGUCCCUGAAGGGGGAAUCGAGGCGGGGAGACGAGACCCUAGGGACGACUACGCACGAAAGCACUACUCAUUUGCCAUCAUCACUCCGAAGUCAGCAGUCAGGAUUUGUAACAAAACCGAGAUUUUGACAAGAAAAUUAGCUCGAAAUAGCUGUAUCGGGGGUUGUCACAUUUGUAGACUUGAUACGAAAACCGACAAAAACGACAGACGAGGAAAAUAUGAUACUCAGUGUUUUAUUCUUCGCUGGUGUCAUUUUGCACAGGAUACUUUAUCAUGCUUUUUUAAUGUGCAAACCGCCAGGUUCACGCCUCUCUCCUACAGGUCAAAGCAUUCUCUGGUCUCGUCUUCGUUCUGGUGUCCUACAAGGGGCUUCGUUGAUCUCAUCGACCAUUUUUUUGUUGGAACAUCUGGAUCUUCGUUUUCCUCCUACCUAUCACUUGCUGCUGCUGGUGCUGUAACUAUGGGUCUUGGCUACUACCUCACAAAAACCAAUAGCAAUGGCAAGAUCACGCCACUGGUGGAUCCUUUAAACCAGACCGUCAAGCAGAAGGACGGAUCGCGUAUAACCGCGUAUCUUAAAGAUGGCAAGCUGCAGUGUUACAUCUAUGAGGAUGCGCGAACUCUUUAUCAAGGUGUACGUCGGGGUGCACGUGUCUCUAACAACGGCCCAAUGCUUGGUCGUCGAGUAAAAAAACCAGAUGGCACUGAACCGUAUGAGUGGCACACCUACAAUGAGGUUAUUGAACGCUCAAAUGACGUUUCGAUCGCAUUUCGAGAGCUGGGGAUCCCGGUGGGAAAUGACACAAAUAUAGGGAUUUACUGCAAGAAUCGACCAGAGUGGGUCAUAACGGAGUUAGCCACCUAUAAUUUCUCUAAUGUUAUCGUUCCCAUUUACGAAACACUUGGUUUCGAAGCCUGCGUUUUCAUACUCAACCAAACAGAGAUGCAGUUGGUCGUCUGUGAUACAGUGUCAAAAGCGAUGGGUCUCCUCGAACAAAAACCUAAUUGUCCUUAUCUGAAAUUCUUGGUGGUGAUGGAACCGAUUACUAAUGAAUUGCGAGCUGCUUCUGAAGCCCAAGGUGUUCGAGUGUUAACUAUGGAUGAGCUAGAAAAGAUCGGUCGCGAGGCAAGCAAUAAGCCUGCACAUCAGCCAUCAAGGCCUGAAGACCUGGCAACGAUUUGUUAUACCUCUGGCACGACAGGCACUCCUAAAGGUGUUAUGCUGACCCACGCAAACGUUAUUGCUGACGGUGUUUGUCUCGAAUUUUUCAAAUAUACCGGCUUCUACUCGACGGAUGUGAUGAUUAGUUUCCUUCCACUAGCACAUAUGCUCGAACGUGUGAUCGAAAGUGUAUGUUUUACUAAGGGAGGUCGAGUUGGUUUCUACAGAGGGGAUAUUCGUCUUCUGGUUGAUGACAUCAAAGAACUUCGACCGACUAUUGUUCCAGUUGUUCCACGUGUACUGAACCGACUUUAUGAUAAGGUAAUGUCUGAAGUUAACAAAUCCUAUAUAAAGAAGGCUCUUUUCAAUCUGGCCAUCGCAUACAAAACUCGGGAAAUGCAAAACUUUGUCAUUCGCAACAAUGGUUUCUUCGAUAAUCUAGUGUUUAAGAAAGUGCGGGAGAGCAUGGGAGGUCGUGUACGACUUAUGGUGACUGGAUCUGCACCUCUCGCCGAAAAUGUCCUCACCUUUGUCCGGGCAGCGAUGGGAUGUGUAGUUGUGGAAGGUUAUGGUCAAACAGAAUGUGUAGCAGCCUGUACGGUCUCAAUGGAAGGCGAUUCAAAUGCUGGACAUGUUGGAAUGGUUAUACCUUCAGCUAAAAUCAAAUUGGUUGAUGUCCCAGAGUUAGGAUAUUUUUCAAAGGAUGAAGCUGGUGAGGUGUGCGUAAAAGGACCUAUUGUUUUCCGUGGUUACUAUAAGAACGAAGAGCAGACGAAGGAGGUUCUAGACAACGACGGUUGGGUACACACUGGUGAUAUUGGCAGGUGGACAAAAGAAGGAACACUGAAGAUUGUUGAUCGAAAGAAGCAUAUUUUCAAGCUAGCGCAGGGUGAAUAUGUGGCUCCUGAAAAGAUUGAAAACAUUUACGCUCGAUCGAGGUAUGUAGCACAAUCGUUUGUAUACGGAGAAUCCCUCAAAACGUGUCUAAUUGCCAUCGUCGUCCCCGAUGCAGAGGAAUUGGUCCAUGCUUGCAAGAAAGAGCUGAACUUAAGCGGAACACUUGAAGAGUUGUGCAGAAACAAAGAUGUUGUCAAGAUGGUUCUAGACGAUAUGAUUGCAGUAGGAAAGAAGAGCGGAUUGUUCUCAUUUGAGCAGGUGAAAGACAUCUACCUCUGUCCAGAUAUGUUUACUGUUGAAAAUGAUCUUCUUACGCCGACGUUGAAAAGCAAAAGGCCCAAGUUAAAGGCAUAUUUUGCUGCCGAAUUAUCUAAGAUGUAUACCAAACUCAAUUAA